UAUCCCUUUAUCCCUUUCAUGCUUUAAUCUAAUAAUAUCUGGGAAUUGAUUUGUAAUCAAAACAAACAAAAAAUAAUCAUUCCCAUAAUUACAUUUGAUUUUUUUUUAAGAAACCAGAAUUAUGCUUUGUUUUGGAAUCUUUCAGGGUGAUGAGAUAAUGGUGAUACUGAUGUUAUUGGUGUAAAAUAUUGUAUACUUUAGGCAAAAAUAAAGACAUUUAAAAAUAUAUAUAUAUAAAAAAUCACCAAUCAUCAAGUCCUUGAUGUUAAACAGGUCUAGUGCUUGGCUAAAACAAAAAUGUGCACUCAUGUAUCUCUGUUGAUUUACAAAGAAAUAACCAUGAAACGGCCAAUAUCAAUUACUUUUCCUCCUGGUGAUGGUGCUGUGUUGUCCCCUUGUCCUAGAGAGCCUACACAAAACACAGCCCUUCUUUUAACUGUUUCUAAAAUUCCCUAUGGGGAAAAAAUGAAUGGUCGAAAACGAUUGAAACCAUUUCACUGUUUGAUCGCUAGGAUUAUGGGUAUUAGGACACCUCCAUUGUGGGGCUCUAUGCAGUCAUUGAAUCACACUCACCAUAUCACCUAUUGCAGCUCAGAACUCCAUCCAGCUGGCGGCACUAUAUUCCGUUUCUGCGCUCGGCACCCGCGGAAACAAGUAAAAUAAAACACGGAAAUCGGUUUGGAAGCGAGUUUGUUUUGAUUUCCUACAGUCAUUGUGUGGACCAAGGAAGACACGAAACUGAAAAUUCCGUUUGAAGUUUUCUGAGAAUGGCUAAACUACAGUCUUUGAGUGUAUUUGUUAAUGAGCGUUUAACAGUGGCUGCUGUGGAGAUUUUUGACGUUGUAGAGAAAGUGGUAGCCGAGUACCUGGAGGAAAUUUCCCGUUCUAAAGAGGAGAACGACCGGCUACGGAGACUUCUGCGGAUCACAACAGAGAUAAAAGAGGAGGAAACCCCUGAGCAGGAGUGGAGCCCCAGUCUGAGGCAGGAGAAACCAGAGCCCACACAGAUUAAAGAGGAACAGGAGGAAAUCUGGACCAGUCAGGAGGUAGAGCAGCUCCAAGGCCUGGAAUCUGACACCAUUGAGUUCGUAUUCACCCCUUGUGUGAAAAGUGAAUGCGAUCUUCCCCAAACCCAGACUGUGGAUGGCAGAGGGAGUGACUUUAAACUGUUGGAUCACAUAAAGGGUCUCGACAUUUCGUGUGACCCUCCGGAUAAUGAAGGCAACACCUCCAUCCACAGCUCAGCCGUAAGCAGCAUCCCAUUAGGACUUGACAGCAGCCCACCAUUGAGAGAACCGACAAAAAGCAGCACAGUGUCUAAAAAACCUCAUUGCUGCCUUGACUGUGGCAAAUGCUUCACUCAGAUUGGCCGACUGAAGAUGCACUCGAGGAUUCAUUCAGAGGCCAAACCAUUUAGCUGUGGAGACUGUGGGAACCGAUUUCAGCUGAAGGGAGAACUAACCAAACAUAUAGUGAUUCACACGGGAGAGAAACCAUUUAACUGUGGUGACUGUGGGAAAAGCUUCAAUCGCAAGCUUACUCUUAAUAGGCAUAUACUGCUUGUUCACAAAGAAGGGACACAGUACGAAAAUGGAACGGCGAAAGGAGAGAAACCAUUUUGCUGUGGUGACUGCGGGAAAAGUUUCACUCGUAGGCAGACCCUGAACAGACAUAAAAUGAUUCACACAGGAGAAAAACCAUUUCAUUGUGGGUACUGUGGGAAAGGCUUCAAUCGCAAGGAGACCCUCAUUGAUCAUAUCCAGAAUCAUACAGGAGAAAAACCGUUUAGCUGUGGCGACUGCGGGAAAAGCUUCAAUAGGAAGAGGAACCUAACUUCUCAUUUACUGACUCACACAGAGGAGAAACCAUUUAGCUGUGUUGACUGUGGGAAAAGCUUCAAGCAAAAGAGUGACUUAACCAAACAUAUAAUGAUUCACAUGGAAGAGAAACCAUUUAAAUGUGGAGAAUGUGGAAAAAGCUUCAAUUACAAGGUUAACCUCAACAGGCAUAUACUGUUCAUCCACAAAGAAAGAAAAUAGGAAGAUGGUGAAAGAAGAAAGAAAAGUAAGACAGAUCUUCUGUCAGGAGAUGAGAAGCAGGAUGUGGACAACUGUUUAGUGAAACAACUCUAAAUCAUUCAUCUUGUAGGUUUCAAAUACACGGAUAUGUGAUUCAUUCACUUUUGUCAAAUGUUCUAUGUAAAUAAAGUUAGAUUUUAUUUGAAUAAUGAUCAAACAGUACAGUACAUGCUAUUGUUCAAAGAAUGGUAUGGAUGUUUUCACGUUGUUAAAAACAGGAGUUUCCCGGUCUCUCGGGGUGAUGAGAGAAUGGUGAGACUGAUGUUAUUGAUACAUUCAACAUUUUUUUAACUACUAAUGAACUAAUAAAGUAUUGUAUUAGAAACAUG